AGGGGCAUCGCGCAGUCGGAGGCGACAGGGGUAGUUAGGGAUCCCGGCGACAGAGCUGAAAGCCGAUGGAGUGAUGCCGAAGAGCACGGUAGAAUGACGCGAUGGGACAAAACAAAACCUCCAGGCUUCUGUGUGAACUCAAGAUCAGAAUUGGUGAAGAGAGCUACUUGCCCUGUACAACAAGGCUCAAUCAGGCUCAAUUGAUAGACCUCUCCGGCAAUACUUGAGGGUGAACAAGAUGGAAUACGUGAGACUCGGCAACACAGGCCUCAAGGUCUCUAAGAUCAUCCUCGGAUGCAUGACCUUUGGCUCCUCCAAAUGGGAGGGCUCACCAUGGGUCCUAGACGAAGAAGAAGGACUCCAAAUCCUCAAGGCAGCAUACGAUAACGGCAUCAACACCUGGGACACGGCAGACACAUACUCUAAUGGAAAGUCCGAGGUGGUCAUCGGCAAGGCUCUGAAGAAGUUUAACAUCCCGCGCCAAAAAGUCGUCAUCCUCUCCAAGAUCUUCAACCCCGUGCCGGACGACGACUCCAGACCCGCCAGCGUCAACGAUGGUCCGCUUGUGAACCAGAUGGGCUUAAGCAGAAAACACGUCUUCCAUGCCGUCGACCAGUGCCUCCAACGCCUUGGCACGGAUUACAUCGAUGUCCUCCAGAUCCACCGCCUCGACCGCGAAACACCACCCGAAGAAAUAAUGCGAGCCCUUCACGAUGUCGUCCAGUCUGGCAAAGUCCGCUACAUCGGAGCCUCAUCCAUGUACGCAUGGGAGUUCGCCCGCCUGCAGUAUAUUGCGCGGUCCAACGGCUGGACAGAGUUCGUCUCAAUGCAACCAUUCUACAAUCUUCUCUACCGUGAAGAGGAGCGAGAGAUGCUGCCAUUCUGCCGCGCGAGCGGCGUAGGUGUCAUUCCGUGGUCGCCAAUCGCUCGCGGGCUGCUGGCGAAGCCCCUGGCCAAAGAGAAAGAUGAGAGCAAGUCGCUGCGUAGUCAGACCGAUAAGAAGACGCAGGCGUGGUUUGCAGACGCGAACUUGGACAUUGUCAACCGAGUUGAAGAGAUCGCAAAGAAGAAGGGUGUCAGUAUGGCGCUCGUAUCGACUGCUUGGGUGCUGCAGCAGGGGUGUUGGCCGAUUGUGGGCUUGAGUUCUGAAAAGAGAAUCAAGGAGACGGUAGGGGCGCUCAAGGUCAAGCUAACGGAGGAGGAACUGGAGUACCUGGAGAGCGAGUAUCGACCGAGGAAUAUUCAGGGUAUGUAGAUAAUUACAAGCGUACGAACAACAAGUCUUGAGCAACAAUGAAC